GCUCUCUGCACGCAGCAGAGGCUCAGUAAAUACGAUGCGAUGAAUGGUGCCCCACCGUCCCUUCCCAGCGCUUCGCCCAGUGCUCGGCGCCCAGUGGGCGCUCCCUCAAUACGGUGCAAUAGGCGGCGAGGCGGAGCGGGGCUCGUCUCCAUCCGUUGGGCCUAAGAGGCGCUCAGAACAGUGCCCUGCAACAAGCCGGGCCGGUGGAUGUGGGGAGCGUUGGGCGUGGGGCCGGGCCCGGCCGGCGGCCGCCUCCUCUUCCUCCUCCCCCUUCCGCUCCUCCGGGCCUCCGCCAUCCCCCUGGCCAUCCCCGCCACCAUGAAGACCGCCGCCUUCGUCGCAAAGCUGCCCCUCAACUACCGCGGCGGGAUCCGCCUCCACCCCGCGGACGACACCGGCCCCGAGCGGGCCCACGAGCCCGCCACCGGCCGGGUCAUCGCCAGCUUCCUCGGCUCCGGGGAGAAGGAGGUGGACUUGGCCGUUCAGAGCGCGAAAGCCGCCUUCCGAGUAUGGAGUCAGAAAUCGGGCACGGAGCGCUGCCGGGUCCUCCUGGAGGCCGCCAGGAUCAUCAGGGAACGGAGGGACGAGAUCGCCACCGUGGAGUCCGUCAACAACGGGAAGUCCAUCUUCGAGUCCCGGAUGGACAUCGACCUGUCCUGGCAGUGCUUAGAGUACUACGCGGGCCUGGCCGGCUCCUUGGCGGGCGAGCACAUCCAGCUUCCCUCCGGCUCCUUCGGCUACACCAGGCGGGAGCCUCUGGGCGUGUGCGUGGGGAUCGGAGCCUGGAAUUACCCCUUCCAGAUCGCCUGUUGGAAGUCGGCCCCGGCCCUGGCUUGCGGCAACUCCAUGAUCUACAAGCCGUCCCCCUUCACGCCCGUGUCCGUGCUGCUGCUGGCGGAGAUCCUGUCCGAGGCCGGGGCGCCCCCGGGCCUCUUCAACGUGGUGCAAGGCGGGGCGGCGACCGGGCAGCUCCUCUGUCAGCACCGGGACGUGGCCAAGGUCUCCUUCACCGGGAGCGUGCCCACGGGCAGCAAGGUCAUGGAGAUGGCGGCUAAGGGAAUCAAGCCCGUCACCCUGGAACUGGGAGGCAAGUCUCCCCUCAUCAUCUUCUCCGACUGCAUCCUGAAGAACGCCGUGAAGGGCGCCCUGCUGGCCAACUUCCUCACCCAAGGCGAGGUGUGCAGCAACGGCACCAGGGUGUUCGUGCAGAAAGGGAUCCUGAAGCAGUUCACGGAGGAGGUGGUGAAGGAGACGGAGAAGAUAAAGCUGGGGGACCCCCUGCAGGAAGACACGCGGAUGGGGCCCCUCAUCACCCGGCCGCACCUGGAGCGAGUCCUCGGCUUCGUUCAGCGGGCCCGGGAGGAGGGGGCUCAGGUGCUCUGCGGGGGGGAUCUGUACGUCCCCGAAGAUCCCAAACUGAAGGACGGAUAUUACAUGCGGCCCUGCGUGCUAGGAGACUGCAAGGACGACAUGACCUGUGUGAAGGAGGAGAUCUUCGGGCCGGUCAUGUCCAUCUUGGCCUUCGACACGGAGGAGGAGGUCUUGGAGAGAGCCAACGCCACCUCGUUCGGGCUGGCGGCGGGCGUCUUCACCAGGGACCUGCAACGGGCUCACCGGGUGGUGGCCGGCCUCCAGGCCGGGGCCUGCUACAUCAACAACUACAACGUCACUCCCGUGGAGCUGCCCUUCGGGGGAUACAAGAUGUCCGGCUUUGGCAGAGAAAAUGGCCGGGCAGCCAUUGAGUACUACUCCCAGCUGAAGACGGUGUACGUGGAGAUGGGGAAGAUCGAGUCCCCCUUCUGAGGGCAGCAAAAGCUGCUGGGACAGCGGUGUGGCCGAGCCCUCCCUGCCCGAGCGGCUGCAGCUGCUGGAGAGAGAGAGGGCAUCUCUCUCUUCCCCCAGCCCCUGCAAACGUUCACGCCUCCUUAGGGAUCCCACAGCAUCCUCCCCACCCCAGCCCUUUUCUAGGUGUCCUCCGGUGGCUGCAGUAAGAUUCGGGCAGGGGCCGGAGGCGAGGAGGGGGCGUACUCCACCCCGGCUGCGGGGGUCCUAGCAGACCCCGGGCCCACCCCGGUGGGCUGCGGCGGGGCAGAGGCUGCCCGGCGGGCCCGGCCAAGAGCGAAACCCUCGGCGAGGGAGGGCAGAAGCUCUCCUCUCCCGUGCCGCCCCCGGUCACGCCCCGAAGAGCCCGAGGUUCCUUCCCUUAUUUCAGGGGGUGGACCGCAGAGACGGACGGGCUUAGAGCCUCCCGUGUCAGCCGCUGACGGAGAAGCUGUUCAAUUCCCCAACCACCCCCCCGUGAAAAAAAACUCCCCCCCGACUUCCUCCAGAGCCAGCGCGGAGGGUGGAUCUCCGCCUCCUUUUUUUAAACCACCUCACGCCGUAAUCAAGCUUGCGCCAGCCUCCCGAUGCCAAAGCCGUGGGCGUGGAUGAGAAUAAAAGCCAAGGCGGACCUGGC